AUGCAUGGCUCUUCCCCACAGGACAGCUCUUCCGAGAGCAACGUCGAUCGCUGUGUGACCCAAGACCUCCAACAUCCGUCCACUCAGGUAAAACAAUAUAGCAGUGCUACACAUUCAAAACUUUACUGACAGCUCGCCCGAGAGCGACGUUGAUCGCCGCAUGACCCCAGCCCACCAGCAUCCGUCCAUUCAGGUAAAACAACAUAGCAAUUGAAAUCGCAUGAACUUAAAAGGUAGACUGACACCAUUAAACAGUAGGGAAUUGGUCACAGAAGGGACUUGAACAUUUGUGGCGAAAUGUAACUGCAAUGAUGACUUAGCCAUCCUAGAAGUUAGCAGGUUUUCAGGUAAAAUGGGAAUGUAGUUCCUCAACAGGUCAGAUAUUUGGGGAUGGUGUUUAAAAUAUCCACUAUGCAAUAUAUUUAAUGCUGAGUGCCUAACAGAGACUCAUACGGUCACAUUUUCUAAAAACUUGGUAUGGCUUGGCCAGGAUCGAACACCCAACCUUCUGACUUCAAAACAGAAACUCUUACCACAUGACUACAGGGUAGGCUCAAUAUAUGGAAACAAUACCAAAGUACAGGUUGAUGACUGAGAGGUGCAUGCUGUCAACAGUUUUUGUUGGCUGUCUUCUCCUCUGUUACAUUAUUCUCCUCCUGCAUUUGUCUACUUCCUGUUCCACUGUCUGUUUCUUAGUGAUCUGCCUUCCUUCAUGUUAACAGUACGGCUAUAAGCCUCCUUCUGACCUGGAUAUCUAAUAUAAUAUGCCAUUUAGCAGACGCUUUUAUCCAAACGACUUACAGUCAUGUGUGCAUACAUUUUUAUGUAUGGGUGGUCCCGGGGAUCAAACCCACUACCCUGGCGUUACAAGUGCCAUGCUCUACCAAUUGAGCUAUAGAGGACCACAUAUCUGUUGUGCUUACAGGGAGACAACGCAGGUGGAGACAACACAGAUGGACCAGGUAGGGACAUCAUAAAUCAAGUCGGAGGACAAGGAGGGGGGGGGGAGAAAAGGCUAAAUCUAUCCAAUCAAAUUAAUUAAAUCAAAUGUAUUUAUUUAAAGCCCUUGUUACAUCAACAGAUGUCACAAAGUGCUAUACAGAAACCCAGCCUAAAACUCCAAACCGCAAGCAAUGCAGAUGUAGAAGCACGGUGGCUAGGAAAAACUCCCUAGAAAGAACCUAGGAAGAAACCUAGAGAGCCCUUUGUUGAUGAGUGUGUCUCUUGAGAGUGACAUGCCAGUUGAGAGGGACACCCACAAAUGUACGUGUAAAGUUUACUAUGCAUUUGUGAUUCCCCUGCUCGCUGCAAAGAACAGAAUAUCAAACAAUUAAAUGGUGAACAUGGGUGCAACUGGUGCUAUCACAAAGGAGAAGUGGUAGAAAAGGGCAAUGUGUUCACUAGAGUGUAUCUGCUUGAGGGUGAGGCAGAGCCACGCACAGACACUUAACACUGCAUAGAGGUUGCCUUGGUGGUACAGUCAGGGAACAUCAUACAAGGUGUUAAGGGCCCAUCUCCUUUAAUGUGCAUGAUUGCAGGGUUUGCUUUUGAUUACAUGCACGGCAUCUUACUUGGCAUAUGUCGGCAAAUGACUACACUGUAGUUUGAGUCCAAAUAUCACCCUGAGUCCUGGUACAUUGGAAGAGAAAUAUAGCGCAUAAACAAAAGAUUGCUUGCCAUAAAACCACCUGUAAAUGUGACAAGACCACCACGCUCAAUUCAUUUUGUUGACGUUGGCAGAUGCACAAUAAGAGACCUAGAGCCUGUGGGAUUCUUAAAGAGAUUGGCAUUUCAAAUUAGGUUCAAUUAAUCAAAUGCACAGACAUCCGUAGCACCUGUGUUUACCUGAAAGACAUCCCAGGUGUACAAGGGAACUACAUCUGUUUACAGCCCAACAAAUGGUUGAACCACUUAACCACUUAACUUAACUGCAUACAACCUCUUUUACAUUGUAUUUCUUUCUUUCUUUCUUUCUUUAUUCAGAGUAUGUAUGAAUGAAGGUGUUUCUUAAACUGGCAGCAUGAACUAUAAUUGCAUUAUUACAUUGACUGAAGUGUGGGCCUACUGAAACCAUUAUCAAUUGUGUUGGUAUCUAUCAAAUACAAAUAGCAUACACUAUAUUUAUUGAAUGUGGAUAUUGUCAUUUAUUACAUUUCUCAUCUGCUGAGUUGAAAUGUCUGAAAUUGCACUAUAAGUCUCUUUACUCUGUUGUCACAACUUACUGUAUCUCAAAUCCUGUCGUUAAUUUGAAAUUGCCAUAUCCUGCAGGAAUAUCAAAAUCCUGCAGGGUUCGGUCCUGCAGAAUUCCUGCAGGAAUUGUCAUGUUUGUGCAGGAUUUUCAACAUUUCUGCAGGACAAUUCAUACUCCAGCAUCAGGGACUUUUCCUGCAGGAUUCCUGCAGGACACCUGCACAAUUCCUUUACAAAAGGUUGAAUUCCUGCAGGAUUCCUGUAGGACUUUUUUGUAAGUGUCAUCUCUGUGUAGGUGAUAUUGUGCAAUUCGCCCUACAUCGCUAACCCACAUUUUAUUGUAUUCCACCUACUCCAAUAACAAAAAGAACACCAUUGAUGUUCAGCCUUACCUUAAAAAAAUAUUUUCAUACUCAAACUCAAUUCCUUGAAAAUGCUGCUCUAUUUCUGCAGUUCAUGCCCUCUGGGCUCCCGAGUGGCGCAGCGGUCUAAGGCACUGCAUCUCAGUGCUUGAGGCGUCACUACAGACCCCCUGGUUCGAUUCCAGGCUGUAUCACAACCGGCCGUGAUUGGGAGUCCCAUAGGGCGGCGCACAAUUGGCCCAGCGUCGUCUGGGUUUGGCCGGUGUAUGCCGUCAUUGUAAAUAAGAAUUUGUUCUUAACUGACUUGCCUAGUUAAAUAAAGAAUAAAAAAAAUAAAAAAUAAAUGUGCAGUUCUCAACCACUGCUACAGUGACCUAGCCUAUAUAAAUAUUGUUUUUCAGAGUCAAACUCAGACACAAGACCCUGACAAUCAAUUCCUCAGCAUAACUCCUUCUCUUCUUCUGCAGUGCCCCCUGAUUCAGGUAACAGAACUUGGUCCAAUCUUCACCAGUGUUACAGUGACCUACAUAAGACCCCAAUUAACAACAACAACGUAUAGGCUCUGACCCAGAAACACACAUCUAAUGUGUUUGUCACCCAGAUCACUGUGCAGAAUUAUAAUUUCAUUUUCCCUAUUAAGUGGGCUUGACAGAUGGGUCACCGCAGUACACGUUGUGGUGGAACUGAACCAUUAACAUUCUAAUGUGUGUGGAAUUGUUAGUAAUUGGUGCAGCGCUAUUUAGCUUUGUCAUUACUGCAAACAACCUUAUCAAAUCAAAUCAAAUCAAAUCAAAUUUUAUUGGCCACAUGCGCCAAAUACAACAGGUGCAGACAUUACAGUGAAAUGCUUACUUACAGCCCUUAACCAACAGUGCAUUUAUUUUUAAUAAAAAAGUAAAAUAAAACAACAACAAAAAAGUGUUGAGAAAGAAGAGCAGAAGUAAAAUAAAAUAACAGUAGGGAGGCUAUAUAUACAGGGGAGGUACCGGUGCAGAGUCAAUGUGCGGGGGCACCGGUUAGUUUAGGUAGUUGAAGUAAUAUGUACAUGUGGGUACAGUUAAAGUGACUAUGCAUAAAUAAUUAACAGAGUAGCAGCAGCGUAAAAAGAUGGGGUGGGGGGGCAGUGCAAAUAGUCCGGGUAGCCAUGAUUAGCUGUUCAGGAGUCUUAUGGCUUGGGGGUAGAAGCUGUUGAGAAGUCUUAUGGACCUAGACUUGGCACUCCGGUACUGCUUGCCGUGCGGUAGCAGAGAGAACAGUCUAUGACUAGGGUGGCUGGAGUCUUUGACAAUUUUGAGGGCCUUCCUCUGACACCGCCUGGUAUAGAGGUCCUGGAUGGCAGGAAGCUUGGCCCCAGUGAUGUACUGGGCCGUACGCACUACCCUCUGUAGUGCCUUGCGGUCGGAGGCCAAGCAGUUGCCAUACCAGGCGGUGAUGCAACCAGUCAGGAUGCUCUCAAUGGUGCAGCUGUAGAAUUUGUUGAGGAUCUGAGGACCCAUUCCAAAUCUUUUCAGUCUCCUGAGGGGGAAUAGGCUUUGUUGUGCCCUCUUCACGACUAUCUUGGUGUGUUUGGACCAUGAUAGUUCGUUGGUGAUGUGGACACCAAGGAACUUGAAGCUCUCAACCUGUUCCACUACAGCCCCGUCGAUGAGAAUGGGGGCGUGCUCAGUCCUCUUUUUUUUUCCUGUAGUCCACAAUCAUCUCCUUUGUCUUGGUCACGUUGAGGGAGAGGUUGUUAUCCUGGCACCACACAGCCAUGUCUCUGACCUCCUCCCUAUAGGCUGUCUCAUCGUUGUCGGUGAUCAGGCCUACCACUGUUGUGUCGUCGGCAAACUUAAUGAUGAUGUUGGAGUCAUGCCUGGCCAUGCAGUCAUGGGUGAACAGGUAGUACAGGAGGGGACUGAGCACGCACCCCUGAGGGGCCCCCGUGUUGAGGAUCAGUGUGGCAGAUGUGUUGUUACCUACCCUUACCACCUGGGGGCGGCCCAUCAGGAAGUCCAGGAUCCAGUUGCAGAGGGAGGUGUUUAGUCCCAGGAUCCUUAGCUUAGUGAUAAGCUUUGAGGGCACUAUGGUGUUGAAUGCUGAGCUGUAGUCAAUGAAUAGCAUUCUCACGUAGGUGUUCCUCUUGUCCAGGUGGGAAAGGGCAGUGUGGAGUGCAAUAGAGAUUGCAUCAUCUGUGGAUCUGUUGGGGCGGUAUGCAAAUUGGAGUGGGUCUAGGGUUUCUGGGAUAAUGGUGUUGAUGUGAGCCAUGACCAGCUUUUCAAAGCACUUCAUGGCUACAGAAGUCAGUGCUACGGGUCGGUAGUCAUUUAGGCAGGUUAUCUUAGUGUCCUUGGGCACGGGGACUAUGGUGGUCUGCUUGAAACAUGUUGGUAUUACAGACUCAGUCAGGGACAUGUUGAAAAUGUCAGUGAAGACACUUGCCAGUUGGUCAGCACAUGCUCGGAGUACACGUCCUGGUAAUCCGUCUGGCCCUGCGGCCUUGUGAAUGUUGACCUGCUUAAAAGUCUUACUCACAUCGGCUAUGGAGAGCGUGAUCACAUAGUCAUCCGGAACAGCUGGUGCUCUCAUGCAUGCUUCAGUGUUGCUUGCAUCGAAGCGAGCAUAGAAGUGGUUUAGCUCGUCUGGUAGGCUUGUUUCACUGGGAAGCUCGCGGCUGUGCUUCCCUUUGUAGUCUGUAAUAGUUUUCAAGCCCUGCCACAUCCGACGAGCGUCAGAGCCGGUGUAGUACGAUUCAAUCUUAGUCCUGUAUUGACUCUUUGCCUUUUUGAUGGUUCAUCGGAGGGCAUAGUGGGAUUUCUUAUAAGCGUCCGGGUUAGAGUCCCGCUCCUUGAAAACGGCUGUAUGUGUAGAGCCAUUGUCAUAUCACUGUUUAAUAAUUUUCAUUUAAUCAUUUUCAGACUUAAAUCCGCUGGUGUAACACGGAUGUCAAGUACUUCAAGAAAGAGAGAAUACAAUAGAAUCUGGACUAAAUUGUCAAGGGAGAAAACCAACCUUAAGAAAAAAAGGGUAGAGAAGGAAGACAUGGAAAGUGGAUCUAGUCUCAUCAGCCAGUCUGACACAAAGAGUGAAGAUACCAGUUCUACUUAAUCUGAGAGCAAAAUUGAGUCAGAUAGUGAAGUUGAGGCAGUGGAAGGUACUCCUCCAAGACUGCCAACACAUGCUGACGAAGAGUCAGAUGGUGAACUUCAGACAGUAGGUGGUACUCCUCCAAGACUGCCAACACACGCUGAGGAAGAGUCAGAUGGUGAACAUGAGGCAGUAGGUGGUACCAUGCCAAGACUGCCAUCACACAGUGACAUAGAUUCAGAGUCUGAAGCCAAUGCUGGUUGUGCAAUUCAGGAGACAACUGACUCUGACAAUGAUGAUGUUGAAAAAGAUUAUACCUUCAGAGAGGACCUGACAACCUGGAUAAGUGAUUUCCAAGUGAAACACAAUGCUGUUGAUGCACUUCUGAAGAUGCUGCAGUCUAAUGGUUACCCAGAUUUGCCUUCCACUGCUAGAACUCUCCUAGAAAAUACCAAUGUUUUUGUUGAAGUCAAGUCUAAUGUGGAGUUGUCAGAUUUAAAGUGAAGGUGGAGUUAGUGAAACAUCUAAGCAUCUAUCCUUAAUCUGUGGUUGGAGAUAUGAAUGUUUUAGAAAUAUCCCUUAAUCUGGAUGGUCUCUCUUUGUUCAAAAGUACCAAUAUGUCGAUAUGGCCACUUUUGUUCUCCAUCAAUCUAUCACCACCCACAAUGUUUCCUCUGUCACUUGCAAUGGCAUCAUCGAAACCAAGCUCCCUGGAAUUCCUCAAUGACACUUUGCUGGAGCUUAAAGAGUUGAUGCAGACUGGCUUGAAGAGGGGAGACACAACACUGCAAGUGAAAGUUUGAUCUGUAACAUGUGAUGCACCUGCAAAAGCCAUGGUAAAAUGCAUAAAGAUGUAUUCUGGCUACUAUGGCUGUGACCGGUGCACACAAAAAGGCAGGUAUGAUAGGAGGAUGACGUACCCGUAGGUAAAAAACCUGUGUCUCAGAACUGACAAAUCCUUUAGGGAAUUGGUACAGCCAGAACAUCACCAUGAAGGGAAAACCUCUCCUUUUUGCAUCCUCCCCAUUGAUAUGGUGAAGUCAUUCCCAAUUGACUAUAUGCACCUUUGUUGCCUCGGAGUAACCCGGAAGCUCUUGAUGAUGUGGACUAGGGGAAAGACUGGGGCCAGGUUGUCGUUGGUGCAAGUCAAGGAGGUCAGUCAACGACUAAACCGACUAAAGGAUUCAAUUCCAGACUGCUUUGCUCGCAAACCACGGGGAUUGGAUGACCUUGACCGUUGGAAGGCCACAUAAUUCAGACAGUUUCUACUCUAUACUGGGAAAGUAGUGCUGAGAAGAAUCUUGUCUAAAGAACAGUAUACACACUUCAUGGCCUUCAGUGUGGCCAUGUGCAUUUUGGUUUCUCCUCAACUUUCUUCAAUCCACAGUGCCUAUGCUCAUGCUUUACUGAACUUCUUUGUGGAGCAGGGAAGGAUUUUGUAUGGAGACACAUUUCUAGUGUAUAAUGUUCACUCCAUCCUACACCUCAUUGCUGAUGCUGAAGAACAUGGCUGCCUUGACAACUGUAGUGCUUUCAAGUUUGAGAACUACUUGCAACAACUAAAGAAGAUGGUCCGUUCAGGGAGGUGGCCAAUUGUGCAAAUCUGUAAAAGAGUGCAAGAACGCACAGUUAGAGCUUCUCCCGCCAACAGGUCAUCAAAAUGAGACGGCCAAACAAUGCCUACAUACUUAAUGAUAGGUCAAGCUGUGAGGUAGUGAGCCAAGAAGAUGUCUCUGAUAAUUACCUCUGCAGCAUCUGGAAUCUUACAUGCUGAGUCCUUGUGACUCAAGACUGUAUUGGACUUUCUGCACCACUACGAGGAGCACACAAAUGCAUCUCAUUGCAAAGAGCAGUCUUGUUAAGCAAGCUAUUAUACUUGAGGAGGACCAUGGCACUCGUGUUGUGCUUACAAUCUUGCACAGCCUGUAGUAAGCCCCAUUUAGCUACAGUCAAGUUCACAAGCUGUAUUAGUUUUGCAAACUAUCUUGGCUGGUAAAUCAAGAGACUGAACAGUGUGGAAUUGGUGUUUUUGUUUUUCUGCACAGGGUACACAGCGUUAUUAUGUUGUACAUUUUGUAAAAGAGAACACUGUUGAAGUUGUACCAGAGUAGUGGGUGGAGAAGAGAGAUGGGGUGAGUUGAUCAGUUAAAUGGUUUACCCUUUUCAAGCAAAGAGAUGGAUAAAUAGGUAACUUUAAACAGUGUCUCAUAUCUUGCAGGUCCAGUGUUGCUACUGGCCAAGAAAUGCCAGCGGAACAAUGAUUAAGAGAGGAGACCGGUCUGACAAAAUAUUAUGGGAGAAGUACAGAAUUUCCAUAUUUUCAUCCGCUGGUAAAAUAAUAUUUUACUGUAUCCAUCCACUCCCAUUUAUAUUGCAAUGUAUGUUUGGUUGUGUGGCUCUGGAGCAGGUUGCAUCAGUUGAACAUACUCCUUUACGUAAGGUUAGUUCCAACAUAGAAUAUGUUCUAAGCCAGGCGUAACCUGUGUCACCACCUGGUUGUAAGUAAUAGCUUUUGCUACGCCAGGGUGUAAAAACUAAGUGUAAUGUGGGGUAGACGUAUAGUAUAAAUCUAUAACUAGUUUCCAAGGUAAGUGUUUCAUGACUAGUCAUGUCGCAUCUUGCUCAAUUUUCUAAAUCAUUAUGUCGGGCAUAGGUAGGCCCAACUUAUCUCUUACGCCUUAUUAGCGUUUAACUGGUGCAACCCACUCCUGGUCAGUAGAGUCAGUAACUUCCCCCUCUUAAGUACUAUAUGUAUUUGCUGAAAGUAUUACUAUGUGAAUUACAAAUACUCAACACCCUGUUUUUCCAGUGUUAAUAGGAAAGUAUUUAUGACUAUGUUUAUUGCAAGUACAGACAAUUACUCUGUGGCAGAGCAACGAGCCAAACAGGGGGUUGACACCUCCAAUGUUGAAUCUGACAAGGAACCAGCGAAGAGGGCGGUGACUAAACCAAUCAGAUUCCGUGUACAGCCACCUGGUGAGGAUUUCUUAACUACUCUUAUUCCAUUGUGUGUAUUACAUGCAUCAGGAAGUAGAUGAAAUAAAUGACAAUUGUUUUGUAUCGUGCUUCGUAAGAUGAUGAUGGAAGUGAGGCACUCCAGAAAAAGACAAAUGAACCCAGACAAGCCCAGCGUACAGUGCCCCAGCUUCCACCAGCCCCUUGUGGUAAGAUCCUGCAUUAGGCUACUAGGUCAUUAAAUGUAUAAUCAGCAAGUUGAUGGUAAGUUUGACACACGUUCAAGUAUGUGGGUGAAGAAAAGCUUACAGUUAAUGCAAGUACUAGUCUUAAAUUGAGACGGCAAGAAAUCAUAACCUAAUGACAGUUGAUAUGACAAGAAAUUACCACACACAUCUGAUCUUACAUUUACGUUUUACAUUUACGUCAUUUAGCAGACGCUCUUAUCCAGAGCGACUUACAAAUUGCUGCAUUCAACUUAUGAUAGCCAGUGGGACAACCCCUUUAUUUUAUAUUUUUUUUAUGGGGAGGGGGGAUAGAAGGAUUACUUUUCUACUAUUCAAGGUAUUCCUUAAAGAGGUAGGGUUUCAAGUGUCUCCGGAAGGUGGUCAGUGACUCCGCUGUCCUGGCGUCGUGGGGGAGCUUGUUCCACCAUUGGGAUGCCAGAGCAGCGAAUAGCUUUGACUGGGCUGAGCGUGAACCGUGCUUCCAUAGAGGUAGGGGGGCUAGCAGGCCAGAGGUGGAUGAAUGUAGUGCCCUUGUUUGGGUGUAGGGUCUGAUCAGAGCCUGAAGGUAAGGAGGUGCCGUUCCCCUCACAACUCCGUGGGCAAGCACCAUGGCCUUGUAGUAGAUGCGAGCCUCAACUGGAAGCCAGUGGAGUGUGCGGAGGAGCGGGGUGACAUGAGAGAACUUGGGAAGGUUGAAAACCAGACGGGCUGCAGCGUUCUGGAUAAGUUGUAGGGGUUUAAUGGCACAGGCAGAGAGCCCAGCCAACAGCGAGUUGCAGUAAUCCAGACGGGAGAUGACAAGUGCCUGGAUUAGGACCUGUGCCGCUUUCUGUGUAAGGUAGAGUCAUACUCUGCAAAUGUUGUAGAGCAUGAACCUGCAGGAUCGGGUCACUGCUUUGAUGUUAGCGGAGAACGACAGGGUGUUGUCCAGGGUCACGCCUAGGUUCUUUGCACUCUGGGAGGAGGACACAAUGGAGUUGUCAACCGUGAUGGCGAGAUCAUGGAGCUGGCAGCUCCGUCUUGUCGAGGUUCAGCUUGAGGUGGUGACGCGACAUCCACACUGAUAUGUCUGCCAGACAUGCAGAGAUGCGAUUCGCCACCUGGUUAUCAGAAGGGGGAAAGGAGAAAAUGAAUUGUGUUUCGUCUGCGUAGCAAUGAUAGGAGAGACCAUGUGAGGAUAUGACAGAGCCAAGUGACUUGUUGUAUAGAGAGAAUAGGAGAGGGCCUAGAACUGAGCCCUGGGGGACACCAGUGGUGAGAGCACGUGGUGCGGAGACAGAUUCUCGCCACGCCACCUGGUAGGAGCGACCUGUCAGGUAGGACUCAAUCCAAGAGUGAGCAACGCCGGAGAUGCCCAACUCGGAGAGGGUGGAGAGGAGGAUCUGAUGGUUGACAGUAUCAAAGGCAGCAGAUAGGUCUAGAAGGAUAAGAGCAGAGGAGAGAGAGUUAGCUUUAGCAGUGCGGAGAGCCUCCGUGACACAGAGAAGAGCAGUCUCAGUUGAAUGACCAGUCUUGAAACCUGACUGGUUUGGAUCAAGAAGGUCAUUCUGAGAGAGAUAGCAGGAGAGUUGGCUAGAGACGGCACGCUCAAGAGUUUUGGAGAGAAAGAAAGAAGGGAUACUGGUCUGUAGUUGUUGACAUCGGAGGGAUCGAGUGUAGGUUUUUUGAGGAGGGGUGCAACUCUCGCUAUCUUGACAUACUUGAUUAUUAGUCACAUUACCAAAUUGUAACAGUUAUUUUUUUAAAUGUUAUUAGCAACUUCAAGAGCCAGUGUUUUUGAAAAGACCCUACAAGGUACAUCAUGUUUCAAGUCUGAUAAACGAGCCUACUUUCACAAAGUUCUGUUACCACCAACUGUAUGGGAUGAACAGGAAAAUCUGUUACGUGUGUACUGUAAAUGUGGUAACGGUUUGACAUCUGUGAUGUUCUCUGAAGUUGCAGAUUGUGCCACCUCAAGCCAGAGCGACAGUAAGUGUCUGGUUGUAGUUUGUUAGGGUAAACAAUUGAAUUGUAUGAAGUAUUACAGUAUAGCUUUACAAACCUUUCAAUGCCACUCAAUAGAAUACAAUUACCAUCAAAUUUUUGCAUGUUAGGUUAUUUAAAGUCUUAUUACUACUGUUAGAACUUUCCAAAUACUUGUGGUGCUGUGUAUGGGUGAAACUUGUAUUUACAACAGUAGUGAAAUCACCCUAUUCUUCUGGCGUAAAACCAGAAAAGUGUGAAAAGUGUGAUGCCAUGUUUGUAAAUAUCUGUAUGUAUUUGCCAUCAAACUAAAAGCAUUAUUUAAAAAAAAAAAAUAUGCUUAGCAUUUAUUUUUGUUGGGAUUCAUUAACCUUCCCACGGAGCUCCUGACUGACAUCCCAUCACUUUGGGUUCUGUGCCAGUUUCAAAAGCAUGCAAAGUAUAUCUUAAUUUUUUUCCUUCUGUUUUCUCAGUUAGUCCAAGUGGCAGCCAGGAAGAAGCUGGCCAAGACAGAGCAUCAGAAUCAGGUUUCUUUAGCCAUCAAGAUAUUGAUCUCGAAAUCGUAAAUGUAGAAAGUUUAAAUAACAGCAUGAUUUUUUACUUAUAUUUUAGACCAAGAGCUGCCAUCCCUGCUUGAUGAGCCUGUGGCUUCUGAGAUGCCCGCUGGAUACAUUGAAGGUAUAUUAUGCUAGCCUAUAUGUUACAAAAUGUUGCUUCUCUUGUAUUAUCAACAUCAAUUCCAAAUUGUAUGGCUGUCAGCAGAUAUAUGGUUAUCAAAACUACUAAUAUAUAUGAGGGGUGGAUAUUUUGAUCGAGGUAUUGAGAUGAGGAUAAUGGUGAAACUGGAGAUGAUCCGUACAGAGUUCAAGACUGCUCUGAACCAAGUUAUGGAGGCCAUAGAGGCCCGGCAGCCAAAGGAGUCGGAAUCCUUGGGGCAACUUGAAAUGCUACAAAACCCUGCAGAAACAAAUGAGGAACUGAAGGAUAUCUGUGAAACACUUAAAGACUCCCACUAUCGAAAGAAAAUGGUAGGGAUGGCCAUUUAAAAUGUAUCUGUUUGUGAAAUCUACAUCAAGUAUUUUAACAGCAAUUGACAAAAAUAUGUUAGCUGUUGAUCAAGAGCCCCUUGAAUGCGUCCAGAUUUGAGAGAAGAUUGCAACCUGCAAUAUUUUUGAAUCCAAAUAUCUUAAUGUCAACGAAAUGCAGUUGUCAUAUAUGCCAUAUGCCUAUAUAGUGUUUGGAUUGAUUUCCCAAUUAACACUUAACUUAUCUUAAGAAGAAGCGAUCAGCCCUCUGCCUGUUUUAGCAAGUAGUUAGUUUUAGCCCAUGAUUACAUGAUACACUACAAAAAUGAUUUCUCAUUACUAUCAAUCAGAACUGUAUGGCCAGCUGUUUUUGCUGAGGAACACACAAAUGAAUGGGAUUUUUUAAAGUAUAUAUAUAUAUUUUUUUUAUCAGAUCCGAUACCCGACCCUCUGCCGUGGCCUGGACCUGGGCUCAGGAAUCAGACAAAUGAUGAGAAAAAUUGGAACAGAGGAG